AAUGCCUGUUUUCAGAGCUUUAGCUGCCCAUGCAUUUGCCAUAUUGAAAUCAAUUUGCUGCUAACGUUUGGAGGCUGUUUACAGCCACCGCUUUUUAUCCAUCGUGACUCGCGUUACUCGGAGCAGGAGGCGUCGGCCCCGUUUUAGGGGCGGCGGUGAAGCCACGGAACGUUAGGUGAAAACCGGAACCAUGAAUUUGGAAUUACUGGAAUCCUUUGGUCAGAAUUACCCAGAGGAAGCAGAUGGCACGUUGGAUUGCAUCAGCAUGGCCCUCACCUGCACAUUUAAUAGGUGGGGAACACUGCUUGCCGUAGGCUGCAAUGACGGUCGUAUUGUCAUCUGGGACUUUCUAACAAGGGGCAUUGCCAAAAUUUUAAGUGCACAUAUUCAUCCAGUGUGCUCUCUGUGCUGGAGCAGAGAUGGGCACAAGCUAGUGAGCGCUUCCACUGAUAACAUUGUGUCCUUGUGGGAUGUCCUCUCUGGAGAUUGUGACCAACGGUUUCGAUUCCCUUCCCCUAUCCUGAAAGUCCAGUUCCACCCACGGGAUCAGGACAAAGUUCUAGUGUGCCCCAUGAAAUCUGCACCUGUCAUGCUCACACUGUCAGACUCCAGUCAUGUAGUCUUACCAGUGGAUGAUGACUCUGACCUUAACGUGGUUGCAUCUUUUGAUCGACGAGGAGAAUAUAUCUAUACAGGGAAUGCAAAGGGAAAAAUCUUGGUGUUGAAAACAAACACUCAGGCAUUGGUAGCGUCUUUCCGGGUUACAACUGGGACCAGUAAUACAACUGCAAUCAAAUCCAUAGAAUUUGCUCGCAAGGGCACCUGUUUUUUGAUAAACACGGCUGAUAGAAUCAUUAGAGUGUACGACGGACGGGAAAUAUUGACAUGCGGCAGGGAUGGUGAGCCCGAACCCAUGCAGAAACUUCAGGAUCUGGUGAACAGGACUCCCUGGAAGAAGUGUUGCUUUUCUGGGGAUGGUGAAUACAUUGUGGCUGGUUCUGCAAGGCAACAUGCGCUGUACAUCUGGGAGAAGAGCAUUGGAAACCUUGUGAAAAUUCUUCAUGGAACUCGUGGUGAACUUUUGCUAGAUGUUGCUUGGCAUCCGGUCCGACCAAUUAUUGCAUCAAUUUCAAGCGGUGUUGUUUCCAUAUGGGCACAAAACCAAGUGGAAAAUUGGAGUGCCUUUGCUCCAGACUUCAAGGAGUUAGAUGAGAACGUGGAGUAUGAGGAACGGGAAUCAGAGUUUGAUAUUGAAGAUGAAGAUAAGAGUGAACCGGAGCAGACUGGAGGUGAUGCAGCAGAAGAUGAAGAAGUGGAUGUGACUAGCGUGGACCGUAUUGCUGCCUUUUGUAGCAGUGAUGAAGAAUUAGAAGAUUCAAAAGCACUUUUAUACCUACCCAUUGCACCAGAAGUAGAGGAUCCAGAGGAAAAUCCCUAUGGGCCACCUCCAGACGCCGGUCAAAUGUCACUCACAGAGGAUGGGGCGGGAACAGAGAAGAAACGGCAGGCCUCUUCAGAUGGUGUACAGCCCCCAAAGAAGAAACCAAAGACCACAAUGGUUGAGUUACAAGGAGUUCCCAGUGAUGAGGUUCACCCGCUGUUGGGAGCUAAAGGGGACAGUAAAUCCAAGAAGAAGCAAUCUGGACGACCAAAAGGAGCUAAAGGUAAAGAGAGAGACUCUCCGUUUAAAUCGAACGCCUUCAAGGGUGACAGGGGCAUGCCUCUGGAUUCAGCAAUGAAAGGCAAAGCUCAGAGUGAGCUGCCACAAGUGCUGACAGGUGGAGGCGCCAUCUCUGAGCUGUUGUGAGAAGACUUCUGGGUUUGGACCCUUCUGCAACUUGCCAUUGUGGAGAAUUCUGCAGACUCUUAAAAUUGAUAUCGUCCUAUCCAGUAACAUCAUGGGAUAUUUUUUUAUCUGGACAUAUCAUGGGUUUCUUCUGCAAUUUUCUUGCUUUAUGUUGAAUAGCAGACAUACUUGUGAACCUUGCAGCAGUUUUGUGGAAUUGCCUGUACAUAUAUUUUGUUUUUUAAUGCGCCGGUUCAGUCCCGCUGAGAUUUAAAACUUUAAAAUUCUCAGUUGCUUCCAGUUUACUCCUUAGCAACAGACUACAAGCUAUAAGCAUUCAUAGUAAUAUGAAAGUGUUUGUAGUCUGUUGCCAUGGAGACUGCAUGCAUCUAAUCUCGGUGAGCCUGAAUUUAUACUAGAUGGUACCGGCCCCUUUCUAUUUUUCUACGGCAGUCUUUUUACUGGAGAAAGCCUCUUGUGAGGAUUGAGAAUACAUGACCUUAACAAUUUCAAUACAAGCUAUUCUUUACUAGUAAUCUGAAAGGAAGCUAUUCUGUCAUCUGACUUUUUAUUUUUUUAUUUUUUUUUGUGUUUUUCGUCUUUUUUCCUCUGUAAAUACAUUUUGAUCCCAUGGAUUUCUGUUUUACCAUAGCUGCUGGAGGAAUAAAAUUCUUCUUUUGAAUACAUU